AUGGACCCGAUUGUGGACCCAAUGGACCCGAUUGUGGACCCAAUGGACCCGAUUGUGGACCCAAUGGACCCGAUUGUGGACCCAAUGGACCCGAUUGUGGUGAUCGGCGGAGGCAUUGGUGGUGUCGAGUGUUGCCAACAGUUGGCACAACAAUUGCCUCAAAGAGCUAUUGUUUUGAUCAGUAGUUCAGAUAUGAUUAAAGUGUCGACAGUUAGAAGAAUCGGUCAAACAAUGGAUGAGUUGAAUGUCUCCGAAGAAAGUCAUCACUAUUUAUGCCAUAAAUAUGACAACAUUGCCAUUAUAUGCGAUCAAGUGAUGUCUUUGAGUGCUUCCGCACAUUCAUUAUCACUAAAGAGUGGACAGACUGUCAGAUACGACAAAUUGUGUGUCUGUUUGGGCGCCAAACCAAAAAUGAUUGAAAUGCAAGACUCGGUGAAAGACAGGAACCGAUUAAGUGAUUAUAUAUUAGUUAUUAGAGACACACAAACGGUUCAUGAAUUGCACAACAGAUUAAAGAGUUGUCAACGAGUGGUGAUUGUGGGCAAUGGAGGCAUCGCUACAGAACUGGUCCAUCAAAUAGUGAAUUGUCAACUCAUUUGGUGUAUGAAAGAUGAGUCAAUGGGUGCCCCAUAUUUCGAUGCAAUGGCCGCUCAAUUCCUGUCCAAUCGAUUGAAUGCUGAGCCCCAAGACUGUACCGCCGAUGACUGUCCAAACAUUUCCAAACGUCUUAACUAUCGUAUUGUAAACAUUGAACAAAAUGUCACCCAAACUGAUCAACCAUUUGGUGCCGCUUUGGGACCCGAUUGGAGUCAAAUGCAGCCAAUGGUAGGCUCUAUAGUGGGCGCCAAGAAUGUCACCAUUGAAGCCAAUUGUGAGGCAAAGAGUAUUUAUGAUUGUUUUGAGUCAAUCGAUAUCUCGAAAAAGCCUUUUAUAUACAAAUCCGAAGAGACUAAUGAUUGGCCGGUAUUUGUUGAGCUCACAAAUGAUGCCAUUUAUGGCUGCGAUCUGAUUAUCUGUGCGACUGGAGUGGUGCCCAAUACGGCACCUAUUCUUGAAGGCAAUCACUUUCAUAUUGGAUCCGAUGGAGGCCUUAAAGUGAGAUUUGCCACAUAAUUCUUGUUAUGUAAUUGUUAUAUAAUCGGUCG